UUCCUCUCAUCACUGUCUCCGCUGUGCAGUGAGAGGGUGUCACAGAGCCAGGUCUGCAGGGCGGGACCGCGGGAUAACGAGGAAAUAAGUUGUCGCUGCCACCGGUGAGCUCAUUCACUGAGACGCUCCCAGAGGCUGCGGGUCCGCUGCAGACAGCAUGAAACUGAAAACCGUCCUCCAGGUGCUCCGCGAGGUUCUCUCUCUAGGUCUCGUGGCUCAGCUGAUGGUUGGGCCUCCUCCGGCUGCAGCGGCGUCGCCUCUGAGCUGCAGCGUCACACCACAACCGGACGGUUCGUUCAGGUACCAGGUGUCUCAGCCGCCCAGGUCGUCCAGGUGUGAGACGCUGUGGGAGAGGGAAAACACGACCUGCAGGGCCGCUGUCUCCCUGUGGUCCAGCUCUGAUCGUCUGUCCGUUGUCUUCCAGCGCACCGUCUUGGCCUUGAACUCCCGUUUCGUUCCACACCUGGUCCAGAAUCUCACCGAGCAGUCCAUCACCCUGAGGGACUGUCUGGACUUCCUGUACUACAGAGUGGACUGUCCUCCUGUCGGGGUCGACUGGGAGGAAACAAACUGCUCGAUGAACUGCAGCCGCUUCUCACACCUGGACUUUCACCCACCCGCCGGGAACUGUUUCUUUGGCAGCUGGUGUCCGGACGAGCUGACGGCCGCUCUCAUCAUCGGCGCUCCAGCUGCCGCCGUCGUCCUGGCUCUGACCGUCUGCUUCGUCGUCUCCAAACGCAGAAACCGAACAGGAGCGGUGACUCUCACGGCUUCGUACACGUCUGUGAACGAGCAGGUUAAGAUGGAGAGUCCACAGUUAACAAAUAUAAACAGAGUGGAUGGAGACUGACUGCUCCUGUGUAUCAGAGCAGACCCAGGCUAAACAUGGCCGCUGCUGUUUGACAGGAUGAUCGCAAUAAUAAUAAUAAUAAACCUAUUCAGAGGCGCCUUAUACACUUGUACGUUAAAAAUAAAUGAUGUGAAAUGUGCAUCUGAUAGGACGACUAAUAUAUAUUUCAUUAUAUUUGAAAAAUAUUUUAAUCUAAAGUAGUUUUAGCGUCAGUUUUAAACUUGCUCAGGAAUGUUGGUCCAUUUCUUUUUCUUUUUAAGAACAAAAAAACAUCUUAACGUGCCUAAGGGAUCAGUCCAGGUCUGUGAAGAGACCAGGACCAACUCGUUUAGUGUUUAAAGCUCAGGAAACAUCCACAGUGUUAGAGUGGUACAGAGACAUGCUUCUCUCCAUUCACAAAAAACUAACAGUCAUCACUGUGAAGCAGGAAGUGACUGCAGUCGACUCGUCACCUGUGGGCAAGUAUUGCAAGACUCCUGCUUUACACAGAGCCAGUCUUUAUGCUAAGCUAAGCUAACCAGCUGCUGGAUGUGGUUCAUAUUUACUGUGCAGACAGGACAGAGGUGUGAAUAUCUCACCCAGCGUGACAGAGAGGGGAACCUCAAAGGUCCACAUUUAAAGUCAGGGAGAAAAGCAGAAGUGAAGAAGUGAGAUGGACUGAGCGUCUCUGUGGUUCAGCUCAGUGAACAGUGAGGGUAGUUCAGAUUUCCUCUCAGGAUUUCCUCAAAUGACUUGUCAGCAGGCUGUUCAGUGUAGAAACUCCUCCAUCUCCUACAGGACGAGGCAGGAGAACCAGGAGCUAAAUUCAAAUUCAAAUCUUCUGUCCUGAAAACAGCGACCUCCAGACGACCUCCAGACGACCUCCAGACGACCUGACCACGUGUUUACACCUUGAGUUUCUGUCGGUUUUUCCUUCUGUUCUGUGCAGAGGAGGUGCUGUGAGAUUCUAUCACGUGCUGUUUGUUUGUGCUUACAUGUUUUCUACUUAAUAAAAGGAUGUGAACUGUG